GCCUCGCCCAAAAAGAGUCUGCAACUGCAUCGUCUUCCAUCCCGUCCAUCUCAUUCCUACCUGAAUGCUGCUCCCAUAAUUUGCUCUUCGUCUAAGUGAGAAAAAGAGAGAAAAUUUGAUCGAGUUUGGACCAUCCUUUGUUCAUACACGCAUGCAGACAAUGCAUGCAAACAGUGUUUUGCCCCACACGACUUUCCUAUUUACCUUUUCCACGCCCACUCGAUCGGGCCAGCUUUUGUUCUGGGACUCAGAAACUCUUGUCUGACUAACGGCUUGACUCACCUGCCUGCCUGCACCUGCGUCUGCAUUUGUACAAAAGAGAUUCUAAUAAAGGAGGAGGAGCAGAUACCUACUCCACCCUUUUUUUUGUCGGCCUACCCGUCAUAGGUGUGCAUGUUUACCUCUGCUCGUGCUUGAAUGAAUCAUGUUCAGCUGGAGUGCCUUACCAGAAUCCCUUGACAAUAACUGUGACGAUCACGAGUCCACUAUCCUGGCCUCAUCUUCUUCCUCCUCACUUCCCCAACGACCAUCUACGGCAGCUCCAACCUCAGCUACGCCAGCAUCUUCAACACCUCACUCUUCUCCGCCACAGCCACAACUGCCGUCAAACUCACCCCCCGCUCACAUGCUAACUUUGCCCAGAUCUGCAUCGACAUCGCAGAUUGAUACAGCUUCGCCUACUUCACAUUUUGAAACCACCCAUGCCGCCCCAUACCCACUCUCCACAGGGUCCCGUCCAAAUCAACGUAGUAUUCCGGGUGGUUUAAUAACCUCUCACUCAGAGACCACAAGCAGUGCUCAUAAUUCUUCCAAACAAAUUCCUACAUCAAAGCUAGGUACGACUCUUGACUCGAUCAGUAGCGGUCUCAAACCUCCCCACAAUAACAACAACAACUCUCCUGUCGAAAAUAGUAGCUCUUCAUCUACUGGGCUGGGAUUUCGAGGGCAGCAGCAACAUUAUGGACUAUCUUUGGACCCUCCAUCAGGAGCAUGGUGGUAUUCCAAAAAGUCAGCAGAUCUACCAGAUUUUGUGCUUAUUUCUGAAUUUUCAGAGGUUGAAGGCCCAAGAGCGGUGAUGACGAUACCGGACAACAUUGUGGACUUGACACGCGAUUCUUAUUCAUCUUCGAAACAGCAGCGGGCUCAGGAUUCGCCCGUUUCACCCAAACAUUCACAAGAUCCUUCCGAUGCUAGUACUUCAACCUUGGCUCCUGAGAGCAAUGGUAUACAGGAAAAUACAUGCGAUUUGUUUGAUAUUCAUGAAUUCGUUCUUCGGAUUACUUCGGUGGACCAGCAGGUCAGGGAAACAUCGGGAGCUUUUCAUAUCCCAGAGGACAUUGAGGUUCACAUCAAUGAUGUCGAAAAGGGCUACUGGGCAUAUGUAAGCCAACUUUUUUUCUUUCCUUUUUUUCUUUAAUCAGAUGUCAGCGUCAAUAACAUCUGUGAUUGAUUUGUACUAUUAUUUCUGUUAUUUUGCUCCGACAAUGCUUUCUUUU